CCUCUGCUCCCCUUGCCCCGCCUCACCUGUUUCAAUCCCCCAAACUCGUCAGCCCUGAUUACAACGAAUUCGUCGGCGUCUGCACUCUCGUCUCCGGCUUUAAAUCCUUGUCCUCUUUUUCCUAUUGAAAUUGAGCGACGAGUCGAGACUAGGCGGUGCUACCCGUGAAAUUAUUCUAAUUUAUGGUGUAACUGGGCUUGUAGCUACAAAAUAAAUGUUUCACAUACCAUGAGUGUAAGAUGGCCAAGAUUUCUUACACCUUCACAGCUCUCUCAGAUUAUACAGAAGCAGAAAAACCCGUUAGUAGCUCUCCAGCUGUUCAAGGAAGCCAAAGAAAAGUACCCCGAUUAUCACCACAAUGGUCCAGUCUAUGCUUCCAUGAUUGGCAUCCUUGGAAACUCCGGCCGUGUCAAUGAGAUGAAAGAGGUAAUUGAUCAGAUGAAAGAGGAUUCCUGUGAGUUGAAAGAUUCUGUGGCUGCAACUGCAAUCAAGAUCUACGGGGGAAAUGGACUGCUAAAUGAGGCUCUUUCUCUUUUUAAGAACCUUCCACAGUUCAAUUGUGUGAAUUGGACUAAAUCUUUCAAUACCCUCUUACAGUUAAUGGUUAAAGAAUCCAAGCUAGAAACUGCUCAUCGUCUUUUCUUGGAAAAUUCUUUUGGAUGGGAAGUAAAAUCUCGUCUUCGUGCUUUAAACUUACUUAUGGAUGCUCUUUGCCAUCGUAAUCAGUCUGAUCUUGCAUUGCAAAUCUUUCAAGAGAUGAAUUAUCAGGGGUGCUAUCCAGAUAGGGAAAGUUACCAAAUUUUGAUGAAGGGGCUGUGCAAAGAUGGGAGACUGCAUGAAGCCACCCAUUUGCUGUAUUCUAUGUUUUGCCGGAUAUCUCAAAAAGGUAGUGGUGCAGAUAUUGUAAUUUAUAGAACCGUUCUAGAUGCUUUGUGUGAUGAUGGGCAGGUUGAGAUGGCUGCAGAAAUUCUUAGUAAGAUUUUAAGGAAGGGGCUAAAGGCUCCAAAACGGUGUCAAUACAAUCUUGAUCUCACUCGUUUCAGCAGUGUUGAGGAUGUACAAGAGACAAAGCGUUUGAUUAAUGAAACUCUAAUUAGAGGUGGGAUUCCCAGUCUGGCUAGUUAUACAGCAAUGGCUGUUGAUCUCUAUGGUGAAGGUAACAUUUGUCAAGGUGACAAAGUGCUUCAUGAGAUGAGAGCUAGAGGCUUUCAGACAACAACUUUAACCUAUGAAGCGAAGAUGGUAGCAUUGUGUAGGGAAGGUAGGGUGGAUGAAGCAAUGAACGUGCUAGAGGUUGAGAUGGUGGAGCAAAGUUGUGCUCCAACUGUUAGACUGUAUAAUACUGUAAUCAAAGGCCUGUGUGAUUCAGGGAAUUCAGCAAUGGCUGUUGGGUAUUUGAAGAAGAUGGCUAAGCAGGUGGGAUGUGUUGCUGACAAUGAAACUUAUAGAAUUUUAGCCGAGGGUUUAUGCCAAGAUGGUAGAUAUCUUGAGGCAAGUCAGAUUCUGGACGAGAUGAUGAUCAAGUCAUAUUGUCCUUCUGGUGACACUUACCGUUUACUCAUAAAAGGUCUUUGCUCCAUUGGCAGGCAGUAUGAAGCUGUGAUGUGGUUGGAAGAGAUGCUUAGCCGUGGUAAAUUACCUGAAGUUUCAGUAUGGGAGCCAUUGGUGUCAUCUGCACUUCACAACAUGGCUGUCAUAGAUGUUGCUGUGAGGCAUUUUCUGCUGCUAAGUUCUUCAUAGAUUGCGUCUGAGCUCUCCGCUGGAUUAUGAUCAAAUACUAAUUUGAUUGUGAUGAAGUGUAUGAUACUAGUGGUGUCAUUAGUGUAACCAUAUUGAUCAUAAACGUAUAAGUUUGUUCCCCCUCCGUUCUAGCUUUCUAAAUAAGUCCGACCAGUGCGGGAAAUCCGGAAGUUCCUGCCUUC